CUUUUCCCGGCGUGCUCAGUGGCCCCGGCUAUGACGGCGGACCGGGAGCGCUGGGGAGUUGAGUGACGUUUGCGGAGUUGGUGGGUGCGCGGGCGUCGAGCGAGCGGGUCAACGGCGGGUGCUCGCGCCGCUCCGGAGUCCCGGCCCUCGCAGUGAGCCGAGCCGGCGCCAUGAGCGGCCUGCAGCGGCAGCAAUUCGCUGCCAGCAACGGGGAUUUCACCUUCGUCUCGUCGGCCGACGGAGAAGAUCUGAGUGGUUCUAUGGACUCCCCAGAUGUAAAAGUUAAUGUGGAUAAUGACUAUACAACAGAUUCUUCAGCAACUGCAUUUCUCAGGAAAAGGGGAUAUGGAUGGCUUCUAGAAGUGGAGGAAGAAGACUCGGCUGACACAAAACCACUCUUGGAGGAAUUGGACAUUGAUCUGAAGGAUAUUUACUACAAAAUCCGAUGCGUGUUGAUGCCAAUGCCUUCGCUGGGAUUUAAUAGGCAGGUCGUGAGAGAUAAUCCUGACUUCUGGGGCCCACUUGCUGUGGUUCUUUUCUUUUCAAUGAUUUCACUAUAUGGACAAUUUCGAGUUGUUUCGUGGAUUAUAACAAUCUGGAUAUUUGGAUCACUAACCAUCUUCUUACUGGCUCGUGUUCUUGGUGGUGAGGUUGCAUAUGGUCAGGUUCUUGGGGUCAUUGGAUAUUCGCUACUCCCAUUGAUUGCAAUUGUUCCGGUCCUUUUGGUUGUUCGAUCUUUUGAGGUUUUAUCAACAGUUAUAAAGCUGUUUGGUGUAUUCUGGGCUGCUUACAGUGCUGCUUCCCUACUGGUUGGAGAAGAAUUUAAAACAAAGAAACCUCUUCUUAUAUACCCAAUAUUUCUUCUGUAUAUCUAUUUUCUGUCUUUGUAUACCGGUGUCUGAGAUUCCAAGGAUCUGACUGUUCAAUAAGGACUGUGACAAGGCAAUUGUUUCGGAGGAAGUGCUAAUGACUCUACCUAAAGGAGAAAGUGAAUUUCUUCCUCUUCAGCAAGUGGUUAUUUGGGGUCUAAAAGCUUAGUUCUAAGGUUUAAACACUUUCUGGUGUUUAGCAGCUACAUAAAUGUGUAUUUAAUUCGUAUUUUAAAGCUGUUUUGGUUUGUCUGGAAAUGGCUUCUGAAGGAGAAGGCUGUAAUCAAUUUCAUAUGGAAUGGAAUAUGGACAGUGCUGAGUCUCUGUGCCAAAGCAUCAAGAAAGAUAUAACCAAGGAAAAGCAUUUCUGACAAAUUCUGAAACAUUCUAAAGAGAAGAAAAAUUAAAGUUAAGGCAUUAUUAUUUUGAAAUCGUACUUUUUAAAAUGUGCAGUUUUAUGAGAUUAAAAUAAGUGUAAUUGAUUCUGUAGAUACAUUUGAUCUAUUUAAUGCAAAUGGAUGUAUUCCAGGCAUUUUAAAACUUCAAUUUGUGUAGAUGAGUUCAAAUUCUUAAUGAAAUUUAAGUUGGGUGCCUUCGCUUGGAUUAUCUUUAGCUGCUGACUGGCUGUUGUAUAGGAAAAAAUAGUAACAUAAAGCAUUUGUAAAAUAAACUGCAAAUAAGA